GCGAGGAUUUGAUCGGCCCAAUGAAGGAGGUUGCAGAUAACCUAGUCAAGGGCAACUUUGUUGAUACCUGGAUGACGGUGGAUUACUCUGAGCCCUACAAGAUUGGCGUCAAUAAGACAGCGCAGUGGGGCAGCAAAGAUGAGUUGCGACCAGGUGUCACACAUGGUAGGUCAUUCGAUGAUUCGCAGACUUCAGAUAUCGAGCUUGCUCAUUACUACGCGGUGGAUCAAUGUGAUGCACCAUACGUUGCUAUUUAUCAAACAGACAU